AUGCUGUUCUGUUCUGCCCGCUAUCAGGACGGGUGGAGUGCAGCAUCCAUUAACAUCACGUCCUCUCUGUGUCUCUGCAGGAUUGAUAAGUCUACAGUCAGCGCCCUGAGAGCCCGUAAGCAGGACCUGCUGAACGUCACUAAUGUUCCUGAUGAAGAGUGUCCCCCGUCUCCGCCCCGCACGGCCCCCCCCACCAUGAAGUCGGCCCAUUUCUUUGACACCAUGGACAGGAUGGAGCAGGUCCCUGAAGCCGCUGAGAUGAAGACGGUCCCCCAGAGACAGAAGGACGAUUACAUUCCUUACCCGAGGAUCGAGGAGGUGCUGGAGAGGGGGGCGCCGUACCCGCAGGUCAUCCUGCCUCAGUUUGGAGGGUACUGGAUCGAGGAUCCUGAGGCUCCAGCUCCUCCUGUGCCUCCUCCAGCAUCCCUGGAGAGCAGCGGUGAGGAGGUGGAGGAGGGAGGAGGAGGAGGAGGAGGAGAGGAAGGUCCUGCCCCAGGGGAUUAUGGGUACCAGCUCGAGGAGAUCAACGAAGCAGCACGAGCGUACAGGAAGCACUUCCUGGGCCGGGAACAUCUGAACUUCUUCUGCUCAGCCGGCAGUUUGGGAAACCUGCUGCUGUCGGUGAGACACGAGGAGGAGAAGGAGCAGGAAUACCUGCACGUCAUCAUCAGGUGCCGUCUGAAAACCGUCCACCACAGGUUGGCCCUGGCGGAGCUGCCGGACAUCCCCAGCGUGCCGGAUCUGGCCAAGCUUCUGUGUGAUGAAGCAGCGUCUCUGCGCUUCAGUCCCGUCCUCUACCCCAAGGCCUCUCAGCUGAUUGUGAACUACGACGAGCAUGAGGUCAACGACACCUUCAAGUUUGGAGUCGUCUACCAAAGGUUUGGGCAGGUGUCCGAGGAGGAGCUGUUCACCAACAACGAGGAGACGCCGGGCUUCACAGAGUUCCUGCAGCUGCUGGGAGACACGGUGGAGCUGCAGGACUUCAGGGGGUUCCGGGGGGGUCUGGACGUGUCUCACGGUCAGACGGGUUCUCAGUCCGUCUACACUGUCCACAGAGGACACGAGAUCAUGUUCCACGUCUCCACCAAGCUGCCGUUCACUGAGGGAGACUCGCAGCAGCUGCAGAGGAAGCGCCACAUAGGAAAUGACAUCGUGGCGGUGGUGUUCCAAGAGGAGGCCACGCCCUUCGUCCCCGACAUGAUCGCCUCCAACUUCCUGCACGCCUUCAUCCUGGUGCAGGUGGAGGAGCCGUGCUCGGACAACACCCGCUAUAAGGUGUCCGUCACGGCCCGAGAAGACGUUCCCCCGUUUGGGCCACCGCUCCCGCAUCCCGCCGUCUUCACAAAGGGUCCAGAGUUCAGGCAGUUCCUUCUCACCAAACUCAUCAACGCCGAGCUGGCCUCCUACAAGAGCGACCGCUUUGCCCGGCUGGAGGAGCGGACGCGCUCCGCCCUGCUGGACGGCCUCCUGGAUGAGCUCCACAGACGCUCCCAGUGCAUGCUGGGAUUGAGCCCAGGUCUGGAGGAAGAGGCACGAGGCGAGAACGGCCACGCCCACGGAGGGCUGCUGGAGUCCAUCAAGAGAGCCAUGAAGGGCCGCAGCAUGUCCAUGGAGGCCAUGUCGCGGGGAGGGGCGGGGCUUCCCACCAGUCUGAGCGGCGGAGGUCUGGCCCACCUGAGCGUGGAGAACAACGUGAAGUCUCCGGUGAAGAGGCGCUCCGGUCUGUUCCCCCGCCUGCUCAGCGUCGACAGCCAGACAGACAAACACAGCCACAGGAGCCUCCUGAGCGAGCAGCGCAGCUUCGACUGCUGCCACCCGAUGCUGGAGGUGAAGGCGGAGCUGCCGUCCAAUCCCAGCUCUCCGGAGGCGGGACAACGGGACAGGGUUCAACCAAAGAAGGAGAGCAGCAAGAUUUCCAGAUCUACAUCCAGCUCCUGCAGCUUCAGCGUUCCUGCUGACGACGCACACCUGACUGCAGAGGCGUCCUUCCCGCUGAUCAUCUGCCGCAGCCCCACAGAGCUGAAGAACAAGAACUCUCCCAGAUCCAACCUGAAGUUCCGAUUCGACAAGCUGACCCACUCUGCUGCUCAGGGGAACUGAAGCUGAGGAGGUUCUGGGAGGUUCUGGGAGAGAAGCAGGCGGAGGUCCAGCCGUCACACCACCAGGACCAGGAGACGCACCAAACUCCACCACCGUGUUCCCCGGUUCCUCCUGGGUCCGCCUGAUGUCACAAAAACCCGUGGAACCGGCCCGGUUCUGCCGCAGAGACAUUCUGUUGUUUUAAUUGCUGAGCGUCUGAAUUUAAACUGGUUCUGUGGUUCUGCUGGUGAAGGUUCUGUGGUUCUGCUGGUGAAGGUUCUGCUGGUGAAGGUUCUGUGGUUCUGGUUCGCUUCUGGAAUGAAGCUGGAAGAGUUUCACAGCAGGAGGGGAAAAAUAGUCAGCAGUGUUCCACAACGAUCAGUGAAAUGGUUCUGACCCGUUCUGAGAUCGAGUCCAACAGGUUCUGAUCCAGUUCUGCCCAGAGCAGCUGGUUGAUCUUCUCCACCCUCCUCUUCCUCAGCGCCAGACUCCCAGCAGAAAGCGCUGAAGGAGGAGAGCUCAGACCGGCCCACAGCGAACCGACGGUUCCCUGGGCCAGAAGUUCUGGUCAUCAGAACCGCUUUGUGCCGUGAGAGGACACACUGGACCUAAAACAGGCGGGAAACAGCAGGACCGACCCGGUCUGACCUGAAAUGUGAUGAUGGAGCUCCAGAGACCCAAACCAGGCAGAACCCAAACUACCGGGUCGGGCCACAUGAAACAGCAGCUGCUUGGUUCUGGAAGUUUAUUUAUACAGCACCAACGAAUGUCACCUUACGGGUCCAGUUCUACAGAACCAGAGUCAGACAUGCGGUCCGGUUCAGAUUCUCUCACAGUCAGAUUCAGAACUCAACAGCAACCCUUCCAGAACCAGAACCAGAACCAGGCUCCCUGGCCGUGUAGUGGGACAGAGCGGCCACAGGGCCAGGUGUACUUUCUACAGCGAGAAUUAAAAAACUAAACGCAGCAAAUAAUCUGAGACUAAACGAGAUGAAAGACGAACCUUAGAGGCUCCACACAGAAGGUCCUAAAAGCUUUCAUCUGAUCUGACUUCAGACACAGCACAGUUCCCCUGUCCCACGGUCAGUGAAUGCAUCGUGGCUGCAGGUCACAGAGGAGGGCUCCGUGUCACCUGGUCCACCUGGAGAGGAAUCCUCCGUUCUCAGUCGGCAUGCAGAGAACUGAUUCACGUGUUAAAGCAUCAAAAAGCUCCAAGUCCACAUGUAGCCUGAGUGCAAAACAUGUUUCACACGUGAUCUUAGCAUGUCACGAUUCACACGCCUGAACUUCAUGUGUUUUCCUCUGUGAACGCUGAAGGAGGCGUAAUCUGACAGGGAUCUGAUGGAGACGCUGCAGCUUCAUAAAUAUUCUGUCUUUAACGGAUAGAAAAGAGGAUCUCCUGGUUCUUCUGCUGCCUCAGAACCACCGGUUCUCUGAACGUCUCCGUUCAGCAGAUUUAUCUCUUUAAAAGCUCUGAGGACCAGAACGCUUCCAGGUCAGGUCGCCUUUCAGGCCGCUUCCUCUCUCUGUGUGAUGAGACCUCAGCCAGAAGACGCUGGUUCUCCUCUGUUCUGGUUGUUCUGUUUUCAGAGGUGGGUAGAGCAGCCCAACAUUUACUCAACUAAGAGUAAAAGGUAGUCAGCAGAAGAAAUUAACCAAGAGUAAAAAAGUAUUCAGUGAGGAGGCGACUCAAUUACUGAGUAACUAAUAACAGCUGAUGAUUUAUUAGUUAAAAAAUUAUAUAAUCAGGCUGACAAAGGUUAUCUGCUAAUGCUGGUAUUUUAAAGACAAAAGAAACAAUUUUCAAAAUCAUUUGUUUCUCAACAUUAAACUUGAAAGUAACACUUCCAGCAGUUAACGUAUAUCCAGAAUAUUAGAACAGAGCAAAGUACUUCUAAUAAUAAUAUCUACUGUUUACUGAACGUUCAUCUGACCUCCAAACGGCUCAAUGAGCUCAGCAGAUAGAUAAUAACAUUAAAAUAACAAAGA